AUGGCGAGUGUUAAAAAACUGAAUAGUGAAAGUAUUUUUAAAUUUCUUUUAAACAACGUUAACGACCGGGUUUCCAUAGAAGGCUUUGCCUUCGAACCCAUUAAACUCGGAGGAGUGUAUUGGUGUAUUACGGCUAUCGCAUUAUUAAAAGGUGUUCCAAAUCACAUUAUACACCCGAAAACUAAUGAAAGUUUGGAAUCCAUGGUCAUGAAGAUCCUAAAAUCCUCGAAGAAUGAUGACGGAGGCUUCGGAUUUGGGCCGAAACAUUCUUCAAACAUUAUCGCAACUCACUAUGCUCUUUUGACACUCGCGUUGAUCGAUAAGCUGGAUUUUAUUAACAAAUACGACAUAAUUAAGUUUAUUUCAAGCCUACAGAGCGAAGAUGGUAGUUUUUCAGCAGACUCUUUCGGUGAAUCUGACUGCAGGUAUUCAUACAGCGCCAUAAGCUGCCUUUCCCUGCUUGGCGGACUGGAUAGAAUCAACAUCGAUAGGGCAGUUGAUUUCAUCCUGUCGUGCAAGAACUUCGACGGCGGCUUCGGCUGGCAACCUAAGACCGAGUCCCAUGCCGCUGCCGCCUUUUGCUGUGUAGGUGCUCUGGCACAACUCAAUGCAAUAUCCCUAAUCGACUGCGAUUCAUUGGGGUUUUGGCUAUGUGAGAGGCAGACUAACAGCGGUGGGUUCAAUGGCAGGCCUGAAAAGCUUCCUGAUAUUUGCUACUCGUGGUGGAUACUGUCAGCGCUACACAACAUAGGUCGUUCUAACUGGGUGGACCCCGAUACGCUCAUCGACUUUAUUAUUGAGUCUCAGAACCCGAAUGACGGCGGCAUCGCCUUUUACCCUGGUUACAUUGGAGACGUGUGCCACACGUUCUUUGCACUUUGCGGAAUAUCAUUAAUUGACGCAAAGAAGUACAUGCUCCAACAGAUUCAUCCGAUUUAUGCAACCACCUUCGAGGCAGUUGAGAGAAUUAGAAACAUCAAGUAG